AUGAUCACUCCCUUGCCCGAGAUUAAUCAUGAUGUUAUAACAGGACCAGUCGUAAUGCCCCAAUUGGGGAAUGCAACUAUCAAAGCCGAGCUUGGACGUAGCAGUUGGAAGUUACUUCAUACAAUGAUGGGACGAUUUCCGGAGCAACCAACAACAGAUGAAAAAGAAGCUCUUAAAAGCUUCAUAUAUUUAUUUAGUAGAUUAUAUCCUUGCGGCGAAUGCGCAACGGAAUUUCAAUCCAUCCUUGAGAAAUAUCCACCACAAGUAUCUUCAAGAGUAGCAGCAUCUCAAUGGGCCUGCGCUGUCCAUAAUAUCGUUAAUCAAAGAUUACAAAAAGAAAUAUUUGAUUGUGGAACGGUUGCUGAAAAAUAUAAAUGUGGUUGUGAUGAUGAAGGCAUAACGGCAUAA